AUGAGUGAACAAAUUAUAGAGAUUCCGCUACACAAUGGAGAGAAAAUCACAAAGAUUGUGUGUUCUCCAAAAUUGAAGUAUGUUGCAACUUGGAGUGAUAAAGACAUGUCAGCUUGUAUAUACUCUAUUAAAGAUCAAAUGAAUUUGGAAUUUGAAGAUUACUACCCACUAAAAGAAAAAGUCGAACAUGGUCUUUCAGAAGAGAUCAAAAAUGUUUUUUUAACAGCUGAAAAAUAUGAUCUAAAACUAUCAGAUCAAAAACACAUUGUGUUGAUGCCUUAUAAUGAAGGCCGCAAAUAUGCAGAACAUCGCGACCACGAAGUAAAAAUUUUAAAACCCUGUGAUAAUAAAAAAGAAAUAAUUGAAGGUAACUUUAUAGUUAAAGAAAAUAACAAAGAUAAUUAUUUUUUACUUGUUAGGGGUAAGAACGACGACGAUACUAAAAAUCUUACAGGCUGUGUAUUCGAGUUAUGUGGAAAACGUAAAAAAAUUUUUAGAAUUUCAAAUUACAAUUCUAAAGACUUCAUUGUGCUUCAUAAUAAUGGAUCUAUUUUUAUAUACAAACGUGAUACACAUAUUAUCAUGGCACGGAAUAUCGUAACUUUGGAUUUUAUUAGUUAUUUAACUACGGAAUGGGAGAUUGAUUGUACACAUAGAGAAUUUUUGUUUGCUGUAUGCGAGAAAAAUUUCUGUUUAUUAGAUCCUUAUAUUUUCACUGGAGAAUUUAUAUCUGAAUAUCCUUAUAUUUUCAUCGAUAAAGAAACAGAGGAAAUAUCUAAACAUCCUGUUUUCAUUGAUAAAAAAACAUUACAUCAUUCAUAUGUAAUUAAUAGUGGCAUGAUUUUUUAUUACGAAAAUAAAUUGAAGAUCCAAGAUUUUCCCAAAGCUUGGAGGGAUAAGCUUAAUAACAUGUGCUCCAACUUGGUUGCAAAAGAAGUAUUAGAAGAAAUCGAGAAAGAUGAUGAAUCCACUAAAGAUCAACUUUACGAUAAAUGGAUGAUUAGUAAAUGUGAUGAAAAGAAUAUUUCCUUAUCUUAUAAUAAUAUCGAUAAGAUUAAAAUUGCAAUACCAUAUACUGGAAUUAAAAGAAUUAAACUCUUAAAAAAUAGGGAUUUAUUAAUGAAUAUGGUGAGAAAUGAGCAUGAGGAUUGUCUAAGUGAAAAAAUAUAUAUUUGGACUAUCAAAAUGCAAAAAAUCCGAUUAAAUUAUUUCUGGAGCAAUAUAACAUUAUUUAAAAAUGAAUAUGAAAAAUAUUUUCCAUAUUUACCCUCUCCAGAAUUCGAAAUCAAUGCAGGAAUUUGUGAAACUGACCUUAAUAAGCAUAUGAUUGAAGAUUACGUUGAUUCACGGUCUAAAUUAAGUCUUUAUGGAAGAUACUUAAUGGAAUAUUUAUUGGAAAAAGAAAAUUUCGAAACUAUUGAAAAGCUAUUGAAGAAUAUAAUUAAUUUCACUAUGAAAAAUAAUGAUGGAAAUUUUAUUUCAAAUCUUUCAUUAAUGAAAAUGGUUACAUAUAAUUUUCACACAUUAAGUCAAUAUCCUGAUAUUAUUAAUUGGUUUUUAUCUAGAAUAGCUUUUUUUGUACCUGAUAAUACAUUAUCUGAAAUAAUUAAUAUAGACUCUACUUCAAGUCAUCUUCAACAAUUUGGCGAAUAUCCUAAUAUUUCUGAUAUUUAUUUAAUUCGUCUUAAAAUAGAAAGCUUUUUAAAUCCUGUGUUCACACUUCUUUUACUUCCCUUUAAAUUAGUAAAAAUGAGUUUGGAAUGCAAACAAAAAAAAACAACUGUCAAAUUGGUCUUUCCUUUAAUGGGACUUACCAAUUAUCCUAGCAAAUCUGACAUUUUUAUGUCUGAUGAUAUGAUAUUGGUAGAAGUGUUACUUAGAAGACUUAUCUAUGAUCUAUUUCAACUCGGAAAUCCUUUUGUUUCUUCACCAAACACAAAUCUAUAUGAAUUAUGGAUUGACAAUAUUUAUAUGUUUAAACCAGGGUGUAAACCAAAUUUACUACACUUCUCUGUUAAUACUCUUGCAAUGGGAAGUUUAGUCUCUUCAGCAAUUAAAGUCGCCAGUCCAAAUCCACACUCAGGCUGGCUCUAUGAAAUUAAUAAUACUUAUGUUGCUCAGCUUGAUGAAUUUCGUAAAGUAGUUAGACAAAUUCGAAAUAACACUUGGCCAGGUUUUUAUAAACCAUAUAUCUCUCCUGUUCUUUUGGAAGCAAUUAAAAUGAAAUCAGAACCAGAUCAAGAUGAUUAA